UCUUUGGGGGUGAACUCUGGUUAGCUGAACUCUACCCUUAAUCAAAAGUCCGACACGAUAAGAAACUAUUCUUAUUCGCUUUUCGCUGUACUUAUUAAGGAUCGAAACGUUCCUCGGCCAUUUCUUUGAUUCUGUGUUUGACGCAUAGCCUACUUAACAAUCAUCAUUUGAAGUGUUAGUAGCAGUUCACAGCAGGAUAUGUAUGACAUUGUUAUUGUCGGUGCUGGGCUAUCUGGACUAAGUGCAGCCCAUAACUUACUGAGGAGAGAUGCAAAGUUAAAACUUUUGAUUUUGGAAGGGAAAGAUCGAGUAGGAGGAAGAACUCUAACUCAGGAUGUACCGGCUGCCGGUGGAGUUGACCGCUGGGAUCUUGGAGGACAGUGGGUUGCAAGUUCUCAGACACAUGUAAUGCAACUCAUAGAGGAACUUGGAUUGGUAGUAUACCCGCAAUACACCAAGGGCAAGAAGGUGCAUCAUAUGGGUGGUCCUAGGGCUAAGAUCAGCCAUUACACCUCCAGUAUGCCAUCAUACUCACUGCUGGUCCUGCUAGACUUCGUGCAGUUCAUUUGGAAGAUUGACAGGCUGUCGAAGUCGGUGUGUGUGGAGGAGCCGUGGCGGAGCCCUGAUGCUGUGCGCUUGGACAGCAUGACUUUCUCCUCCUACAUCGAGCAGCACGUGUGGACCAGAGAGCUGAAGGAGGAGAUGGCUGUGUGUAGCCGUGCUGUGUUUGGGGUGGAGCCGUCUCAGAUGAGCUUCCUGUUCUUCCUGAUGUACUCGGCCGCUGCUGGGGGGGUCGUGCAGCUGCUGGAGACCAGUCCCGGGGGCGCACAGGAGUUUAGAGUAAAGGGGGGCACCCAGCAGCUGUCAGAGCGCUUGGCGGAGCGGAUCGGUAUUGAGCGUGUGCAGCUCAGCUCGCCUGUGACCGCCAUAUGCCAGGGAGAUGACAGUGUGGAAGUGAGGACUCUGUCUGAAUCGUUCUCCUGCAAGGUCGUCAUCAACACCUGCCCCCCUCAUAUGGCAGCAAAGCUCCAGUACCAGCCGGCUCUCCCAGCAGAUAGACAGCAGCUCAGCCAGCACAUGCCAGUGGGUCACAUGACCAAGUUCAUCGUCACCUAUCCUACAGCCUUCUGGAGGGAGAAGGGAUUCUCAGGUGAGAUUGUGGCUCGGCCGUCCAACAGCUGUCCCUUUAGUGUGACUUUCGACGCCACCAGCCCCAGCGGCAGCCCAGCGCUAGUGGGCUUCAUCGCCGGGUUGCAGGCGCAUGACUGGAGCUCUACAAAGUUGGAGGAGAGGAGAGAUGCGGUCGUGUCCAGCCUGGUGAGAUACCUUGGCCCUGAGGCCUCGCACUUCAUCCACUACGUGGAGAAAGACUGGGCCCAGGAGCCUUACAGCGGGGGCUGCCCAGUGAACGUCAUGAUGCCAGGGAUGCUAACCUACUUCCACCCCAGCCUCCGCAGGCCCUUUGGCAGGAUCCACUGGGCGGGCACAGAGACUGCCACCGAGUGGUGUGGGUACAUGAGCGGCGCCAUCCAGAGUGGCCACCGGGCGGCGCUGGAGGUCCUGGCCCGUCUCAGUCCACACACGCUGAGCCAGGAGGAGAGGAAGGCAGCGCAGGGCCCUGCCCAGCCAAACGCUCAGAGUGACCGCUGGAGCUACGUGACCGGCUACUCUCCUCUCCCUGUUGCCCUCACCCUAACCGCCAUCACACUAUGUGCCACCCUGCUAUUGGUCAAGCCCCAAAUCAGUAGGGAUGUGAUUGGGCAGGUGAUUGCAUGGCUUCCUGCUAGAGUGACUAAGAGAGUUGUUCCCUAGAAAGAUGUAGAGAAACACGAUGUAUUACUUGAGGAAUCAACAGUCCAUAUGUACCUAUGUAUCUUUUUCUUAUGCUAUUAAAGUUGAAUUCCUGUACA